AGAAAUCAGAAAGAUGAAAGAUGGCAUCUGCUCAAGAUUCCAGAUAUGGCCAGAAAGAUACAUCUGACCAGAACUUUGAUUACAUGUUCAAACUGCUCAUCAUUGGCAACAGCAGUGUUGGAAAAACAUCCUUUUUGUUCCGUUAUGCUGAUGAUUCCUUUACAUCUGCAUUUGUAAGCACAGUUGGGAUGUUCAGCAGAGUAUAUAUUCUGAAUUAA